GCGGGGGGCGGCGCGGCGCGUGCGCAGUGCGGGAGCGGCAAUGGCGGGCUCGGUGAGGGCCGUGGCGCGGCGGUUCCUGUCCGAGUACGGCGGCGGCACCGCCGGGCGCCUCAAGGCGCUGGACGCCUUCCUGCUCUACGUGCUGCUCACCGGCGCGCUGCAGUUCGGCUACUGCCUCGGCGUCGGCACCUUCCCCUUCAACUCCUUCCUCAGCGGCUUCAUCUCCGCCGUCGGCAGCUUCAUCCUGGGCGUUUGUCUCCGGAUCCAGAUCAACCCCCAGAACAAGGGCGAGUUCCAGGGCAUUUCACCGGAGCGGGCGUUCGCUGAUUUCCUCUUUGCCAACACCAUUCUCCAUCUCGUCGUCAUCAAUUUUGUUGGCUGACCUCUUGGAGAGGCUGCCAGGUCUUGAACUGCUCCUGAUGGCAAAGCCUGGCACAGGGAAGUGCCCAGCACGCUCUCACCUUCUUCCUUGGUGGAGGAAGGGGACACAGGGCUCAAGAUCUCCCUCCACAGAGUGUUCUGUGGAGGGGUUUGCAGUCUCAUUGUGUAACUGUGAUCAUCAAUAAAACACUUUAUGAUACUGCA